AUGGAAGCCAAUAGAAGUCGUCUGCUGACCACAGCUCGUCCUUAUCUUCAGGUUCUUUCCAUUUUCGGUCUCACACCACCGCCCCUAUUUUUUACCAGAACUUUGCACAAGCGUCGAAGAGGUUACUUGGUGGCAGGCUAUGGCUGCUUCUUAUUGGCAAUACUUCUGAUGGUCAUCUAUGAGUGCCAUGCUAACAUUGUGGCCCUGCAAAGUGAAAUUAAUCUGUUCCACGCGGAGGAUUUUAGUAACGUGAUGGGAAGGACCCAAAAGAUUAUCAUGGUAGCAUUGGCUACUAGCAACCAACUAAACAUGCUGCUAAACUUUCGCCGCCUUAGACGAAUAUAUGAGGAAAUUGCGGAUCUCGAGAAAGAUAUAGAAAAUGCUUCGAAGGGCCUAAGUGCACGACGUCAGUGGUGGAGUUUUCGGUUUCGAUUGGCUCUUUCAGUGGGCUUGUGGAUGGUACUCAUUGUGGGCCUUACGCCUCGCUUUACCAUUGUGGGACUGGGACCUUUCCUCCACUGGACAAAUAAAUUACUCACUGAGAUCAUCCUAAUAACGCUUCAACUUAAAAAUACAGAGUAUUGUGUGUUCGUUUUUCUUACUUACGAACUGAUUCUUCGGCUGCGUCAUAUUCUCCAACAGAUCUGUGUAGAACUAGAGGAAUGCAACUGCAGAGACAGGAUUCAGGAGCUGUGUGUGGCCUUGAAGAGGAAUCAACUGCUGGUUGGAAGGAUCUGGAAUUUGGUGGGUGAGAUUGGUAUGUAUUUCACCGUGCCCUUGACGCUGCUGUUCAUCUACAAUGGGCUUACCAUUCCACACAUUAUAAACUGGGCUCUUAUUAAAUCUAUAAAUCCGAAAGAUUGCUGUCAAUAUCAGCGCAUCGGAAUAACUUCUUUACUCUCAAUCAAUAUUUUUCUGGUAUGCUUUUACAAUGAAUGGUGCAUCAGAGCUUACAAUAGCAUCCCACGAAUUCUCCUCAAAAUAUACAGCUUUUCUUCAACCGAAGACUAUCCAAUGCUCAAAAUGGGUCUGAGGGAAUACUCUUUGCAAAUGCAACACCUGAAGCUCCGUUUCACCUGUGGCGGAUUGUUCGACAUCAAUCUUAAGUACUUUGGAGGGAUGGUUGUUACCCUGUUUGGCUACAUAAUUAUACUCGUUCAAUUCAAAAUUCAAUUUUUUGCUCACUCAAAAGACAUUAAAAAUAUAAACACCAGCGAAUUAAAAAUAUAUAACCUGUAG